AUGGCCGACAAUGAAGACUCCACCACUUCACAAUCCUCACUCACAACAGUCAAUCAACCACUAAACCUCAUCCCAGUGACGCUCAAAGAAGCCGCCCUCGACUCUCCCACAUUCCGAGCCACGUCACUUCACUUCGCGGACCAGAUUGACAUCAUCGAGCGAUGGCUUGAUGGCUAUGUCAGAGCGGCGACUAAACUCGCAGCAGAUGUCAGCACAUUGGAACAUGCCGUUAACAACUUCCUCACUCAGUCUGCUCCCCCGGCACAGGUCAGCGAGGCAGCACUCGACCAUGACUACACCUUGCUGGCCAUGCGGCGAUAUGGGGAAGGUGCAAGGGAGUGGUGGGGUAGCAUGUUGAAAGGUGCCAAGCGGUACGAUAGUACUGUGGUAGAGCCGAUCAAAGCAUUCCAAAACGCCGAGCUCAAGAACUUCAAGGAAGCACGCCGAGCGCUUGAAUCCACCCAGAAGACGUUCGAUCAUGUGAUCUCGAGGUAUCUCGGUCAGAACAAGACUAAGGAGGCCAGCAGCUUGCGGGAAGAUGCUUUCCAGCUCCACGAGGCACGGAAGGCGUAUCUUAAAGCAAGCAUGGAUUUCUGUGUCCUUGCGCCGACUGUACGCGCGAGUCUGGACAAGUUGAUCGUGCGAGUCUUUGCAGAUCAGUGGAAGGAGAUGAAGGGUGCUCGGGAGGGUAACGCGAGUCUGUUCGCCAAGUGGACUGGUGAGAUGGAGCGAGUACGAGGCUGGAGCAGGGAGAUGGAGAACAGCGAACGAGCAUUCAAGCGCGAGCUUCUGACGGCACGACGGCAAAUUGAGGACGAAGCACAAUCCAUGACCAAGCCAAGUCGCGAGCUCGAGGAUUAUGCAGCGUCUACCGUCCCAUAUCUCGGCACCGGUGCGAGCACAGCAAGUGGAAUGGCAAGUCCCGCCAAACCUCAGCAGACGGAGAAGAACGAGAAGCAAAGCUGGCUCUAUCAGAAGACUUCGGUAGGCAAGCCUGCCCGAACGGUCUGGAGCCGACGCUGGUUCUUCGUCAAAAACGGCAUCUUCGGAUGGCUCAUCCAAGGAGCAAGAUCCGGUGGCGUCGAAGAGAGCGAACGCAUAGGCGUGCUACUAUGUGGUGUGCGUCCGGCCUUUCAAGAAGAGCGCCGAUUCUGCUUCGAGGUCAAGACCAAGGAUAGCAGCAUUGUACUGCAAGCUGAGACACAGCAAGAACUUACGGAGUGGAUCAGUGCUUUCGAGAUGGCGAAGCGGAAAGCACUCGAAGACCCAGCAAGCACUGACAGUCCUGGCGUUGGUACUGGUGGCAUCGACCCAGCUUUUGCCAUCAGCCCGCCGGUGGCUCCAGAAUUUGCCGCAAAGGUAGAUACAGCACAUGGCGCCGAUGACUCGACGCCCUCACAGGUGUCGAUGCCGGAACGAGAGGCAAGCUUUGGACCUGCUGCAAGCCGCUCUAGCUUCGAUGUCAGCCAGCCACCACCACCUUCUGCACGCCGAGUACUCAGCUUGGAGCGCGAGCCUGGAGAAGGUAACAGAGAGCAUGCUGCUCGCAUCAUGUCGAAGCUGGAUCUGUCGAAGCGAAGUGCUCCCUCUGGACAGUACCAGUCGUCUGCAUCUCCAGCUGGUGGUAUCGCCAGUCUCAUCUCGGCCUCACAUAAUGUCUUGCCUGUGGGUCCUGGUGCUGCGCCAGUAGCUUCACCAUCUACACCCGGUUUCGCCCAAGACCAAGCAGCGAAGCGCAGUGUGACUAUGCCCUAUAGCACACUCGCACCCAGCACGCUGGCCAAUCCACCUGCAGCGACUAAUCUCAGCCACACAGCCGUUAUUGUAAGUGGCGAAAAGGGGGUCAAUCUGGGUCGAGGGAAUGAUGGGUCAGGUAUGCCAUCUGGUCUCAUGGCAAACCUGUGGGGCAGCAACAAUUGGGGAUAUGUCAAUCGCCUCGGUCUUGAACCACCGAAGAAGGAGAGAAAGAUGUCUUCCGUCUCGCCUUCACGAAUGGUAUCUCUUGUCCAGUCACAGGACGAUGUCAAUGUCAUGGAUGGUGGGCGUGACACUCAGGCUACGUUGUCAUCCAACCCGCUGGCAUCAGACACGGACUUGGCAGCUGGCAUCAAACAUCGGAAGACUCUCAGCAUAGCCACUGACACACCCGUAAUACUCUCUAGCCGCAGCGUGUUCUCGGACGACAAGGACGAGUUCCCGAGCUACUAUCCGCUCCCGUUGAAGGCACAACAAGCACAAUUCCGCAUGCUCUUUCCAUCGGCACCUCGCAACGAAAAGGUAGUGCUGGUAUUUCGAGCUACCUGGAAUCCGAAUGAGCAAGAAUUCCCAGGUCGUGUCUACAUCACAUCGCAGGAAGUCUACUUCUACUCGAAUCAUCUGGGCUUGGUGCUGGUGACUGGCGCGAGUCUACGUGGUAUCACUGAUGUCACCGCGGCACCUGGGCGCGACUGUGAUUAUUUGUACCUGCAUAUGCGACCGCGCCACAGCGAAAUUGGUCAGGACGAGGAAGAUCUGCGCAGGAUCACGAUCAAGGUCUUCCUGGAACCAUUGCGGCUACUGCAGAGGCGACUGAACUACCUUGUGCAUAACGCCAACUCUGAAGAGCCUGCCGCACUCGAAGAAGUGCUGAAGACGCUGAUAAAGAUGGAGAGUGAAGAUCCAAAGCGUAGUUCCAGUGUCGAAAGCUGGGAAGACGUCGUAUACGAUCCCGAGACACCUGACACCCGUGCAGGAGACCAACAACGCACACCCAAUGGCCGUCGUGAACACAACGUCAAGACCGCUCUCCGCAUUGACGGCACCCUCUUCGACAACCGCGGUGGUCCAGCGAAAACCGGCCGCGAAGUCCAGAAGUUCAAACUUCCCACCCAAGCCGUGAUAUACUCACCCCAAGGCAUGCAAGCAAGCAUGAGCCGCGACUUCAACGUUAGCGCCAAAGCCCUUUUCCACGUCAUUUUCGGCGACAAAAGCGCCGUCUUCCAACUCCUGUACUGCAAUCGCUGGGCUGACAAGACGGUACAAAGUCCUUGGGUCAAGAAAGCAGGCGAUGGCGCGCAUUGGACUCGGCAAUUUAGCAGUGCUGAGCAAGCUACCCCGAUGAGAGACGAGCAGAGAAUUGAUGUGUAUAAUGAUCAUCUGUGCUAUGUCGUUACUAACACGAAGGUACCGUGGAAGCUGCCUUAUAGUUCGAGGUUCACCCCAACGACGAAGAUGGUCAUUACGCAUACGGCGAAGAGUAAGUGCAAAUUUGCCAUCUUUCAAGCCAUGACUUGGACGCAAGCGCCUAGGUGGUUGUAUGUGAGGCAUUUGGUCGAGCAGCAGGCACUCAAUAGUCUGGAAGCUGAUGCGUUGGACCUGAGCAACGUGGCUAUGGAUCAAGUCGCCAAGCUGGGUCAUCAUAGCAAAACGAACCGCGCGAUCGAGAUCUUCGGCAGUGUAGGCCAGCAGACGGAAGCACAGCAGAUCGACGCUGCCAGCAUACCGAAGCUUGGGAACAGUCUGAGUGGAAUGAAGUCCAGGGCUCCCAAACCUGUCAAUCUUACACGAUUGAUUGUUGACGAUGUUCUGCAGAAGAUUUUGAGGAGUAUUGGGUGGAUGAUGGAUGUGGGAAUGGCACUUUCGAAGAGCAUGAUUGGGGUCUUCACGGCGCAUACACUGCUUAUCGCCCUCCUUGCGUUCUCGGCGCUGUACAACAGCUGGUACGGCUACCGAGAAGGACUUACCUGGUGGCAAGACCGGAGUGCUGGGCGGUUCAUGGCACGUGUGGGCGUGAAGCCUCAGCCAAUGCUUAGCAGAGCGGUCUAUCUUUCCGACAUCAACGAGUUGAUUGCUCAGCCGGAGCUACAGACGGUACUCAGAGCAGGAGGAAACGCUACAGCUAUGGCGGCCGGCGCAUAUGAUCGAGGAGAUGGCAAGACCUGCCUUACGACUUUCACAGACCAGCUUACGUCAUCGAUUUCUCAGCCCUCCUCUGCAUCGUCGCAAGGGAGCGUACGUCUGCAUCAUACCCGGGACUCCUUAGCACGAUAUCGACACGACCUGCUCGUUGCUUUGCGAGUGGUAAACCGUGUUGAGCGCGAUGUGGUGGAAGCAGAAUGGGAGGAGUACUUGUACACCGAAACGAAGAAGUGCAUGAAAGUCGAGAAGAUGGUCACAGGUUCUGACAAGAAGGGAAAGCAAAGCCAAGUCGACGUUGAGGGCGAGCUUGGAAAAGGGUUUAUGGAAUAUUGCAAUAGCUGCAGGAGCGAUUUGGCAGGCAUGAAGAAGAAUGGCACAAAUCUGUUGAUAUGA